AUGUCUGAGUUCACGCUGAACAGGACAGUGCUGAGGACACCGUCGAUGUUGCCAGACAACGGCACUGGCGACCCUUGUGCUGGCUUCGUCAUCUGCGAUAGGAUCUACACUCCCGUGUGUGGCAGUGACAGCAAGACUUACGGCAAUAAAUGUGGACUGGUGACUGAACAUUGCUUCUUCAAUCCAGCCCUGACAGUGGCGUACGAGGGCGAGUGUGAAGAGGAGGCCACGGAGGCUGCAGAGGUGGUACCGACAACGCCAAAUACUCGUGAUGAGCAAGUCCAUAACGCCGUGAGCCAGGCAAAUACGCCAAACAACUUCCUGGCUCUACCUACCGUCGUUAAGCACUACAUUACCAAAGUAUGUGAAACUUUCCAAGAUCUCAACAUCCUCGCCACACGCAUGGACAGACUGUACUGUUUCAUCCAGAAACCCACGGAGAUGCAGAAGAAUCCAAAGUGUCUCUCGAUGUACUGA